AUGCUUGGGACCCUCCAGCCCACUGUCACUGACAGUGCCACGGCCACGUGUUUACGGUUCCCCGUGCGAGCCGUGGACUUUCUCACCUCUGCUGCUUCUGCUGUGUUCCUCACCUUCGAGUGUGGUUCUUCUCUCACUCCAGAGGAGAAGCAGGAGGCGACGGUCCUGGCAUCCCACACACUGCCCGACUCGCUGGUGUAUGGAGCCGACUGGUCCUGGCUGCUCUUUCGUUCUCUGCAGUCAGCCCCCUUGUGGUCCUUUCCUAGCAACCUAGGAACCAAGACGGCAGACCUGAAGGGUGUAGGCGAGUUGCCAACACCCUGUCAUGAAUGCAUAGAGAAUAACGAUGGGGCGGGCCAUGCCAGACCCCAGAGUGGAAUGAAGCCACUCACAGAGCGCAUGAGGAAGAACGGCACCUGGCUGCAGGCUACAGCAGCCACCACGCGUGACUGUGGCGUGAACCUGGAAGAAGCAGACUCGACCUUCAGCCUCCUGGCCACCUGCUCCUUCUAUGACCAUGCGCUCCACCUCUGGGAGUGGGAGGGGAACUGAGCUUGAAAUCAUGAAGCCCCUUCCCAUAAGGAAGCCAGGAGGGAGACUGAGGGAAUGCCCAGGACCACCUCAUCGGAGAUGCUUACUGCAGCCCUGCAGGCGCCUGUGCACUGAUGGAAUCCACAGUGUAGUCAGAAAAGCUGUUGACUUCUCUUAAAUCAACUUGCCUGCUAGGCCCCUGAAAAUGGACUGGGUGAAUCUCUCUGGCAGACAGUGGGGAAAAGACUCAGUUCCGAGCUUGCAGAUUUAAGUUUUUCAGGUAGAUUUUGACUUUGAGCCUUUCAUACUUGUUUAAGCAACUAUUUAUAUUAAAGUUUUUUGAAAAAC